CAUUUCCUCUUCCUCUUCUCUCUCUCUCUCUCUCUCUCUCUACAGUUAUCCCUUUCGUCGUUAUGGCUUUUUUGGCUCUUGACGCGGGACGUUUUAUGUUUUAUUACUAUCCUAAGCUGUAGGAGACCAGCCCGAACAAAUUGUCAUGACUCUUGGUGUAGCAUGAGAUGGAUGAUCCCGAUUCUCGACUCGCCGAAAUUUCAGGGAACGAUAAUGGCUCGUUCGGUGUAAGUUUUCUCUGUCGUCAAUUACUUGUACGGUGGGAAAUUUAAAUGUUUUUGUAAAUUGGUUUCUAUCAUGGUUAUCGACUUCGCGGUAAUUGAUCAUCCUCCUCCGUAUGCAAGGUGAGCCAAACUGACAACAUUGGUGAGCAUCAAAACAUGAGGACCCAUACCCAUACUAGUAAUAAUCCUAUGACGGCCAUCAAUGGAGCUGGAUGCUUCUGGGGCCCCACUGGACAUCAAUGUGUUUCACGAGUCCAUAUUUGACAAAUAGUUUACGCGAUGUGUGUGUAUAUAUACACGUGAUGUUAUAUAAUCAGAUAUUUUUCCACAUCUCACGAUCAUCAUUUUCGAUAUUUCUGUGGUCUCCUAUCGAACAUCAACCGUAACCGGCCGGGUCACAUAUGUCCAUAGCCUUUCGGGGUUCACCGGAGAUAAUUUCGAUACAUUUCCGGCCUAAUUCUUUUCGAUGGUUCGACGUUGCCGAAGCCCAAUUUCCCGGCCAUAAUUAUUUUAUUGGAAACAAAAUACUUUCUGUUUCUUUUUUUUUUUGGCAGGGGCGCGUAGAGGAUACUCGCCAAAAACAGGUGGAAGAGAGUGCUGAAUGGUGAAUUUGCCCAUCCGGAAUGGUAUAGCCAUAGCCAUAGCCAUAGCCAUAGGCAAUAGCUUUGCCUACUUUGCUUCUCUCACGUCCCAUCCCUUUAAGCCCAGCCCCCCCUCCCCCCCCCGGCCCUUCCAUUUCUCCUCUCCUCCUCCUUCCUCCAUAGCCAAAACCUCGAAGCAGUAUUUUUCUCGCUCUCUCUCAUUGAGCAUGGCGACUCCCUCCGGUGCCGGCAUCUGCCUCGAUUCCGCUCCGCCGGCCGUACUCCGCUAACACUGUCGCCUCUUCGUGUCAUCUCAUCUCUUCACUGUCAUUUAUAUACUCGAGUAUUUGCAUCAUUCCCGGCGGCAGCUACAAUGCUGGAUCUCAAUCUCUGCUUAACUGACUUCGCGCCCGCUGAUCACGCGGUCGAGAGCUCCGGGAGCUUCAACUCAUCCUCCUCCCCGCUCGUCGACGAAGACGCCAGCUCUCACUCCAACAGUCUCUUCGGCGGCAGUUUCAGCAUCGGUAAGAACGGGAGAGACGGAGCUUUGGAUGCCGAUGACUCAGGCAAUGGCUGCUGCGACCGGACCAUCCGGCUGUUCCCGAUGGAAGGCGGAUUCGGCGACGGAGAGAACUCGGAUACUGAGCCGAGGAGGCGGAGGUUGGUUUCAGCGGAUCACGAAGAUAGCGCAAAGCAGAGGAUCGGAGCUCCGCUGCAGCAGCAGCAGCAGCAGAGGUCUCUGGUGAAGAAGAGCCGGCGAGGGCCGAGGUCCAGGAGCUCGCAGUACCGCGGCGUCACGUUCUAUCGGAGGACCAGUCGUUGGGAAUCCCAUAUCUGGGAUUGCGGGAAGCAAGUGUACCUUGGGGGAUUCGAUACUGCUCAUGCUGCUGCUAGGGCUUAUGAUAGAGCUGCAAUUAAGUUCCGGGGACUCGAUGCUGAUAUCAACUUCAAUGUUAGUGACUACGAUGAAGAUAUCAAGCAGAUGGGUAACUUCACGAAGGAAGAAUUUGUUCAUAUCCUACGGAGGCAGAGCACUGGUUUUAGCAGAGGAAGUUCCAAGUACAGAGGGGUGACACUGCACAAAUGCGGAAGAUGGGAAGCUCGGAUGGGCCAGUUUCUUGGCAAGAAGUACAUCUAUCUUGGAUUAUUUGAUACCGAGAUGGAAGCUGCAAGGGCGUAUGACAAGGCUGCUAUAAAGUGCAAUGGAAGAGAAGCAAUUACCAACUUUGAAAUCAGCAAUUACGAAGAUGAGGAGAUUGGUGAGACUAUCAAUGGAGAAGGUGAACGGAGUCUUAAUCUGAAUUUGGGGAUCGCUCCCCCUCCGGAUGACCGUGACAACUAUACCAGCUCCUACUUUCAGCUUCAGUGGGAUGAUGACAUGCCUCGUGACAUUAGGCAUUCGAGCGAGAACUUUAACUGCUCGGCAACCCAGGGGGCCCAACCACUUUAUGGCCCUGCAAUGGUAUCGGAAUACCCUUUUCAUCAGAAUGACGAAAAAUCAAAUUUCUUUCCCUUUUACAAGGGAAAAGCAAUAGAGAAGAGGAUGGAAGUCCCUUAUGGCGGCAAAAAUCCAAUGCCGUUCUUCUCUACUGCAGCAUCAUCAGGAUUCUAG